CAGUGACAAACAAACCAAGCCAGCGCUCAGGACCGCCGUGGAAGGGAGCGUGCUGUUUUCCACAAACGCUGCAUCCACAGCAGAGCAGACAAACAGAGGGACUCAUAAAGGGAAGUGCAUGCAUGCAUUAAUGUGUGUGCAGAUAUUUGGAGCUGGUGAAGAUUUUCGAGGAAAUAAAAGUGGACCGCUGCUGAUGGAGCUGCUGGCACAUUGAGGCUGGGCUGUGACUGUUUGCAUUGUUGCAUAUGUUUCCUCCAAUGGAAUAAUUGUCCUCAUGCAUAAAAGGAAUAACUGAUAAACUCACAUUUUCGUUCUCAAUGGUGCUUGAAGGCAGAGAGAUGGACGGGAUCGGUAACACCAUGCAGAAGAAGGCUGCAGAGCUGGAGCGGCUGGCCGAGGUGCUCGUCACCGGAGAACAGCUGAGGCUGCGGCUCCACGAGGGGAAGGUGAUCAAAGAUCGGCGGCACCACCUGCGAACUUACCCAAACUGCUUUGUGGCCAAGGAGCUCAUUGAUUGGCUGAUCGAACACAAGGAGGCCUCAGAUCGGGACACAGCUAUCAAGAUCAUGCAAAAACUUUUAGACCAGAGCAUUGUUCACCAUGUGUGUGACGAGCACCGGGAGUUCAAAGACUUGAAGUUGUUUUACCGCUUCCGUAAGGACGACGGUACGUUCCCGUUGGACAGUGAAGCCAAGGUCUUCAUGAGGGGCCAGAGGAUAUAUGAGAAGCUGAUGAACACAGAGAACAACCUCUUACAGACCAGGGAGGAGGAGGGUGGGACAUUCGAGCGGACGCUGGUGGCCUCCGAGUUCAUUGACUGGCUGCUACAGGAGGGAGAGAUGGCAACCAGGGAGGAGACGGAGCAGCUGGGACGGAGGCUUCUUGAACAUGGCAUCAUUCAGCACGUCGCCAACAAGCAUCACUUUGUCGACGGGCCCCUCCUCUAUCAGUUCAGGAUGAACUUCCGGCGACGGCGGCGACUGAUCGAACUUCUUCACGAGCGAGGCCGCAGCAUCCCUGAGAGCCAUGACAGCCCCUUCUGUCUCCGCAAGCAGAACUCAGAUGGAGGCAACACCAGCUUCCUGUCAGUGAGUCCCACUAAAGAGAUAAAGGUGGCGGUCGGAGUUCGUCGGAGCAGCAUGAGCAGCAGCUGUGGCAGCAGCGGUUAUUACAGCAGCAGUCCUACGCUCAGCAGCAGCCCACCUGUCCUCUGCAACCCCAAAUCUGUUCUAAAGAGACAAGUGAGUCCAGAGGAGCUGCAGACACCAGGAGGACCUUUUAUAAAGAAGACAUUUACCAUCAUAGGCGAUGCUGUGGGCUGGGGCUUCGUGGUGCGAGGCAGCAAACCCUGUCACAUCCAGGCUGUGGACCCCGGUGGACCUGCAGCUGCUGCUGGAAUGAAGGUGUGUCAGUUUGUGGUGUCGGUGAACGGACUGAACGUCCUCUCUCAUGACUACCGGACCGUCAGCAACCUCAUCUUAACUGGACCCAGGACAAUCGUCAUGGAAGUGAUGGAGGAGGUAUAAGUUUGAGACCAGCUACAAGAGAAGGCCUCGUAGAAGAGCAGUAUAAUAAUUUUGUUGGGGACGAGAGGGUUUAAUACGUGACCUCAAAACCACACGGAGAAACGUAGACAACUUGAUACGCAACUCGCACUCUCGCUGUUCCAACGUUGUUUGAACGAGGUGGAUGACUGAGAAACUGUGUGUGUUCAGGAAUAUGGGUAAUCGAGUCAAGUAAAUGAUUCAACCUGUGGGUAAAACCCACAGGUUGUUCUAGUUUUUCUUUGAAUUUCGAGGCACAUGCACUACAGAGGGAAAGUGCAGGAGCCACCACUUCUAUAGAUGGUGAUCCAGCUGCCUCAUUGUGACUGUCAGUAUUACGACUUUAUGUGUGGAGUAGGAAAACCCAAAUUCCCUGUUUUUUGUUUGAGUUUUCAACCUGAACUGCUUCAUGAAUCUGUUGCUGAACAUGUCAAAGGAUGUGAGACACAAUUUUUAUCAUUAGAACGUGGAGAUGAGGAAGUACAAGCUGAAACUGUAAGAGAAAAGAACAUUGACCUCUCCCCCAGUUAGUUUCCAACCAGGGACUGAAGCGCCUGACGGCUCAACACUGCCCUCUGCUGGGAAGGACAGGCAGACACGGAGAGGGAGUGCAUUUAUACUACUACAAACAGUAAAUCACAAGUCUUUGGUUUCAGAGUGUUUAAAUGUUUCUUUCCUUGCUUGGGAAACACCAUGUUAAAUAGAAAAAAAUACAAAUUUCUACCCUUGUCAUGUGAAAAACCCUGCACUGGCAAAUUCACAACUGUGAAUGCCCAGGUAGAUUUAUACAUAGCUGCUAGAAACAUGUAAGUGUACAUAAUAAAGGUGCAGUAAUAAACUGCAUAUGACAUUAACAGGCACAACGUAUAUAUAGAAAAGUUACAAAAACUUUAUGCACAAACAAACGAAGAGGCCCUGCUUUAGAAAAAAUUGUGUUUACAGGAUGAAGCCUCAUUAAAGGUAGAGUAAGCAAUGCCGGAGAAAGACUUCCUAUCUGAGCUCAACAGUAAAACAAAUACACCCCUCCCUUCAGUGUCCCUUCAGAAGCUCUGCCCCCUGUGGAAGUGGAUACUCUUUCUCAUAGCUGAAGCAAAACAAACCUUGUAAUAUAAAACGUCGUCAAACAAACGACACGCACACAAACACAUCCAAACAUCAAGCAUCUAAAACACAAACUAGUGAGAGAUAGUUGUUUAGUUUGUUUUAGAGAGGACUAUGUAGGAUUGUAGCUAAGCUAACAAGGAAGGUAAUGUUACCUGACAUAGCAUUUCAAAUUAUGCAUCAAUCCAGAUAAAUCCAAUCCGCUAGCAAACCUGUGUGUUUAGAUCCUUGUGGUUAUAAAACCUUUUGCACGUUGUAUGGACCAGUAUCAUGAUACAGAGUAAACAACGAGACGGCAAACUGCUGCAAAGCUAACAUGCAGAGAAGACGACGCAGUUUCCCAUAGCCUGCGAACCAGCUCCAGACAGCGAUACUCACUACUCUCCUGCUACUGUAGCUAGCUUCAUACCAACAGCAUAUGUAGGGAAAAUAAAAAGUAAGCCAAACAUCUGUGGGAAAGUAAUUUAACGUUAGCGGACACACUAAUGUACCUGCUGCUUGCCAACUAACAACUGGGGGUUAGCUAUCACAAACAUUAGCAAACGGUACAAAAUAAUACUGACCUAUCGGCUCUGUGAAACAUAGCAGCACUCUGAGGUCUCUCCUCGUUGGCUGCAGUAGCAGUGGGCAGGUGUCUCCUCUUUGGGUUGGUCCACGGCUGUUUCUCCUUCUUGACAGUGCGAUCAUGUUGUGGAGUAUAUACCAGCAUCACAAUGCUUCCGGUGAACAUUUCUUCCAUGCACGCACCUUCACCGCCGGUCUCUCAUCUGCAGUCCCAAUCAAUCCCUUUUCAAAAACUCAGAACAGUCAGGCGGCAAAAGAAGGGUAGACUGCUCCUACAUUUCCCUGGUAAUCCUUAAAUUGACACUAUCCACUAACAUGUGCCAGAUUAACUAUGUAUUGGUUUAGAAUUGCUUACUCCACCUUUAAUCUGCAAACUAAAACUGCUACAGCACUGAGAACAGCUCGGUGACUGUAUUUAAAAAAGAAAAAAAAAAGAACUUCCCUUGAUCUCUUUAGUAUCUUUUAGUUUUUAGUUUUUUUUAAGAUGAUGCCUGAUAUGCAGACCCUAUACUUCCAUAAUGAUACAAGAAGUCAUUAUUUGUUAUCAUUUGUAAGAGCUUGUUUAAGAGAAAAAGAGAGAGUAAAUAUUGUAUGUUAUAUUUACUAUUGAGAUGUUCUCAGUUCUGAAACACCUUUAGAAAAUCUUUCUAAGAAGUGUAACAUUUAUUGACUAAAAUUAAAACAGUAGGUAUGUUUUAUACCAGUGGCAAUGCCAAAUAAGUCCUAAACUAUAAUUAGAGCCAUGUUAUGCAAACAAGCUUUAUUGAGUAGUCAACAGUAGUAAAAAGUAGUAGAAUAUUAAAGAGUAGGAUGACUAUAUGAGCACUUGAACUAUUAAACAAUUGUUUUAAUUGACAAAAGCACUUAGGUGACAAAAGUUUUCUUUUUGGAAUAACAUUGGGAUUUUGAAUUGAAUGUAAAUGUAUCUUGUGAAUAUACAAUCUGACAUCCCCAAUUUGAAACUAAUAAGAAAUAAUAAUCUCCUGCUGGCCCCUGAAAGCUGUGCAGUAAAAUCUAUACAUAGUAUGAUGUAUUUAUUUGAAAUAUGACGUCUGUGUGUCUGAUUUGUUUUUUAAUGGCAGCACACUGUAUAUCAACUGCACAUUCCAAAUAUUAGAUAAUUUAAUAUGGAAGAGUCAUUUCCCUCAAAUCACCAAAACCCACAUCUGCUCACUCAUUCCUAGUGAAGAAGUCUGUCAUGCAGAUAGAUUGGAAAAAAGCUUAAUUUGUGUUGAUCAUUAACAACAACUUCCAUUUCCAAUAUAGGGGCACUUUGUAAGUAAUUUUCAUUGCAGCUACUUUCUACUGAGGAAAUAUCAAUACCCCCUCACAAACCAGUUGACAGCUAGUCCAUCAAUUAUCAGAUUCCAGAAAGAUCUUGUUUUGAUUUUUUUCAACUCUGUGAAGACCACAAACUAGAUUUAAUUUAUCUCCAAUGUACUGAAAAAAGCCUGAAACUAUGAUUGGCUAGAUACAACUACAGGUAAAUGAGGAACAUUUAAAGUUUUUAUUUUUUGGAAUUUGGAUAAAAUGAAAUUUAGAAAAAAAAUCUAGAUCUAGACUAGUCUAGAUCUGAAAGUUUGCUGGAUUAAAAGCAAGUUUGAGGUUUAUAUAAUUGGAUUUGUACAUCAUUAGCCUCCAAAAUAACAUCUGAAUUAAGUGUGUUUAUAGACAGUGCCAUUAUGUGCUCAGGCAUACUAGCAUGAAAAGAUCCAACUAUAAUUAUUUAAAAGAGAGCAUAGAUAAAUGAUGCUCAUAGUGCUCAUACAGUAUAUGUCUGUCUGUUUUAGACAAAGCAACACUGCCUUGUUCACCAGAUAUGUACUAAGUUUAGUCCUGAAGUGAAAUUAUUACAAAAAAAAAAAAAAAUUAAGCACAAGUGCUGCAAAGUGGUGGGAAGUUUUUAUUACCAAGAGGUUGAAUUUAAUCUGUCUCAUCAAACUGCCUCCAUACAUGUCCUAAGUGAGUUCUUCAGUGGACAUGUCAUUGGUGUUUCUCAGUGUGCUUGGGUGUUGUAAGCAGUGAAAUGCAUGAUUCCUGUAAAUCUGUGAUUAUGUAGCAUUAGCUCUUAAUCCAAAGCACUUCUUGAGUUUAUUGACUCAUAGGAAUGUAUUAUCUGACAAACCGUUUCAGAAGUAAAGUCGAUUUGGGCCUUAACCAGUCUUUGUUUCUACAUGCUUUCUGCACCAACAUUGGUAUAAAACUGUUACAGAAUAUUUUAGAGCUUCUCAGACAUCGGCGAUAAUCUCUGGUCGACUCUGCUAAACAUUCAUGAUGUUUUGUCUUACUUGCUGAUCUCAUGUUGUUGGAUGAUGCCACAUAAUAUACCAUUUGUAUUACUGAGUGUGUAAUAUUGAUCAAUAUUUUGUUGGUAGGGUUUUAUAUACUUUAUAAAAGGGACCCUAAAUACAAAAACUACUUUUUAAGGCUAUUUUUGCCUUUACUGUGACAGCAACUGUGAGAGAGAACAGGAACAGGAAGGUUGGGGGGAGAAUGAGGGGAUGCCAUGCAGCAAAGGGCCUGGGCUGGAUUCAAACCCUGGCCGCUUCGGUCGAGCGCUAUCAGGUGAAUUACUGGGGUGUCCCAUAGCUUUCAAUAUUCUUUCAGCUGGUAACAUGGUAAAAAUCACUGCAGACAUUAGCGAUUCUGGAAUCAAGAUUUUUCAUUAGCCUCCUGUAGAGAUGCCAUUAGACUUUAAGAGUUAAUAUCUACACUCAGUGUGGGUUCAAAUUUUCUGUUUUUCUUUAAUUGAAAACUCGCCUACCUGAACUUUUCAACUUGGUAUUUGUUCUUUUUACUGUGUUUGUAAAAUGAUCUGGUUAAAGGGUUGUGAUUUUGAUAAAGGAAAUGGAAAAUGCUGCGUGUUUGUCUGAAGGCAGUUUGUAAAGGGGACAGGGAUCGAUUAUGGUCUCAGAAGGGGUUCGGGAAACAGAAAUAUGCAGAAGUGAGGCAGACGUGACAAAUGUUCCACUUCACAUGGUCUAGAAAUGUGUCAUGUGUAUUUUUGUAAAGUGUUGAAGGGGUUCUGUGUGGUCAUAGUUCACUGACUGCUCAACAAUAAGCCUGAAAGCGUUUGCCUUGAGAUUUUAUUUUGCUGCUCAUCACAGCUGGUGGUCAUCAAGUCUCUUGUUCUGUUCUAUUGACAAUCGGUGUACAGACCCUACCUUUAAAUAGCACAACUUUGGUUUCAAAAGCAAGGCUCUGAAAGAAUGUAUCUCACCACCAUAGUCCACAUUGUGCUGUUGUCAGUUUUAUACUUAAGCUUAAAUGACUCAUUCAAUUAAAGGGAUUCUUUGCUUCACGUUCACCUCAUGAGGCCGUAGUGAGGGCCCAAACAUUUUCAGCAGGUACAGAUGUGUGUUUACUUCUUUCUUCUCCGCUAUCAGAGAUUGAAUGUUGGGUUUGAAGACAAUAUAAGCUCACAGUACCACAGUCUGUUUUUGACAACGCAAAUGAAGCUCAUUCAGAUGCUUUAAUGUAUUAAACAGUUAAUCAAGUGUUUAAUAAACAAACUGAUCUGA